GGCCCAGAAAAGCAGCAAAACCAUAUGGGCAGAUGCCAGGACCAGCUGCAAUGACCCACCUGCUCUGGCACUGACCAAUCAGUAGAGACCAAGACCUGAAAAAACACACCUUGGGAAACCAAUAAAUAUUCCUCUGACACCCUCCCCUAAGACCUACCAUAAGAUUCCUGACUGAAAGAGAGAGAUAAAAGCCUUGAGACAAAGAACCCAAUGAGAAGCAGUUGGCUUUACCACCAGCAGGGUGACAUCCGCUUUUGCUACCACUCUACUCCCCCACUGUUCCUCAGAACCUGUCUGGACUAAAGCCUCCGCCAGACCCUUUCCGGCCCCCAGCCCACCAUGAUCCCUCCAAGCAACACGGUGCUCCUGCUUUUACUCUCAGUGGCUGCAGCUCAAAUAAUCCCAGGUGAGAAAUCAACAUACCCCCUUUGCCAUGCUUCUUCAGGUUCCUAUUCCGGAUGUGGGCCCCUCCCGCUGCCACUACUGGUAGGCCUUGUGGCUGCUGAUGCCAUGGUAUCUCUGCUAAUUGUGGUGGUGGUGUUUAUGUGUGCCAUCCCACGUGACAGGCCCACCCAAGAUGGUAAAGUCUAUAUCAACAUGCCUGGCAGGGGCUGACCCCCUGUAACUUUGACCUUCGACUUCUGACCUUCUCAUUCUGGAUUGUGUGUGGCGGCACAGAAAACCCAUUCCCCCACUUGGGUUGGAAUAAAGCAAUUGAAAUACCUCUA